AAGCCAAGAAGGAAAAGCCUAUUCCCUCGGAGAUGAUCCCCAACAGUAACUAUCAGCAAGGAACGACAAGCCCAGCUGUCAAACGUUGCCUGGGAUAUCCUUGCCCGGCCGGCCUUUCUAUUUCCGGAGGCGCCUUCGCUUUGGUACCGGGCGCAAACUCUUGCCAUCCUCAGACGGACCGCAAGAGCUCUGCGUGCCAUGUAUCGACUCAGCUGGAUGGGAUGUUUUAUUACCUGACAACAUAUGCCGCCAGGGAUUUACAACUCCGGAUUCCGAUAUGAAAUUGUACAUUUAUAAUGGAGAGGUGGCCUCGUGUGACGAGGAGGAGGAGAACAACGUUUCCAGUUGCCGCCUCACUAUGACCAGCGAAGACCUCCUCCAGCCGGGACAUGUGGUCAAGGAGAGGUGGAAAGUGGUCAAGAAGAUUGGGGGUGGAGGAUUUGGAGAGAUCUACGAGGGACUCGACCUCGUCACCAAGGAACUGGUUGCACUCAAGCUCGAAUCUGCCAAGCAGGCCAAACAGGUGCUCAAGAUGGAGGUGGCCGUGCUCAAGAAACUACAAGGACGUGAGCACGUGUGUCGCUUCAUCGGCUGCGGACGCAACGACCGCUUCAAUUAUGUCGUCAUGCAGCUUCAGGGCAAAAACUUGGCCGAGCUUCGCCGUUCCCAGCCCCGGGGUGCCUUUUCACUCAGCACCACCUUGCGCCUGGGGCUGCAAAUCCUCAAGGCCAUACAGAGCAUUCACGACGUUGGAUUUCUUCACAGAGACGUCAAACCCUCCAACUUCGCCAUGGGACGGCAUCCUCACAACUGCCGCAAAGUGUACAUGCUGGACUUUGGUCUGGCACGCCAGUACGUCACUACCACGGGAGAGGUCCGGCCACCACGAGCAGCUGCUGGCUUCCGUGGUACGGUCCGCUACGCCUCCAUCAACGCUCACAAAAACAAGGAGAUGGGUCGGCAUGAUGAUUUGUGGUCCCUGUUCUACAUGCUGGUUGAAUUUGUUAAUGGACAGCUGCCUUGGCGCAAAAUUAAAGAUAAAGAGCAGGUGGGCGUCAUGAAAGAAAAGUACGACCACCGGUUGCUACUGAAGCACCUACCGUCUGACUUCCGCCAAUUCCUGGACCACAUCUCGUCUCUGGACUACCACGACAAGCCGGACUACUCUGUGCUCGUUGGCCUGUUCGAACACUGCAUGAAGCGACGUGGCGUUCGAGAAUCUGACCCCUAUGACUGGGAGAAGACUUACACGGACAACUCCGUGACAGCCACGAUUACGCCCACUGCUGUGUCUAGGCCAGCGCAGCCUGGAAGCGCCCCACCAGGCGGCGUGACGGGUGUUGGCACGGAGAACCUGCUCGACGACAAUAUUAUGGCCAGCUACGACGAUCGUGGCGACAAUUUGCUUCGCCACGAAGUGUACGACGCGAGCAAGGAAAGUGCCCCCGUGGCCACGAAGGAGUCCCUCUUGCCCCAACAGCCACAUAUUUUGCCCCAGCGAGAGGGCAACAAACGUGUCCCCGACAACGUACGCCAUCUUCCGGCCACCGCGGGUCUCACUGCAGUUACGGAAAAUAACAAUAAAAAUAAUAACAUUGUCGGAGAAGAACCCCCUGCUGAGAUUGUGCAAGAGAAGAAAGUUGAGAACUCCGCCGAACAAGAAAAUGGUCAUGCCGACGAGUCCAACCAAGUUCCGCCGCCCAACGCGAAGCCCAGCCCACAGAUGGAACCUUCAGAAGCAGCACUCCAGCCCGAAAUCCCCAAAAGGGACCAGCGGUCACCGAGACGUCGUCCGACUCCUCCACGAUUGCAUAUCACCACGACAACGAUGGAACGUGGCCAGGAAAAUUGUGAUCGCAAGCCUACUUCCGCCGAGGACGGCAACAAGCAGACUCCACCUCCCAUCAGUACGCCACCCACAGACCCCAAGGCCUUCCUUCCGGAAAGUCAGCAGAGACAGCACAGAAGACAUCACCACCUUACGCGACGUCCCUACCACCGUGAUGUCUCGUUGACGCAGUUUGCAGUGGCAGACGACGACAACAUCUCUGCUCUGCAGCAGGUCACCAAAGGUGGAGCAGCUGCCAUGACGCUGGCGUCAAAAUGGCAGGCUUCCUUCGACGACAGUGAGGAAACUGAUCACGAUGAAAUGGAUGCACCCCUCGCUUCACCGGAUCACCGGAUGAAACGAGACUCAUCAGGGUAUGCAUUGGACAAGUUAUCUUCCAGAGGAAAUAAGCCAGUUAGAAGAGAAGAAGAUGAAGAAAGGAGGAAGAGGCUAGAUGAAGGUAGGAUGGUGAUUAGAGAAGAAGUUGACUGCAAGCAACCUGUGCUACGUGCCAUGUCCCUGCCGACAGCAGCGGAACCACAGAGGGUGUCCCUGGCAGGAUACCCCCUGGAAGGUCCCAUUCCGGUUGGGCUACCUCGUGUCUGGAGCUGUCCGGCGCUCGCAUUUAGGAUACGAUCUUACCUGCAGCCACCCAUCCGGCAACAGGCAUCCUUCGAUGACGACCACGUGUACGAGGUGGAUGUCAUGCGCAAUGUUGCAGCCAGGGUGGGAGAAGAAGUGGAAGAGAGGAGGUCUUCACUGCCCUCCAUUCAUUUGAGGACAUCGGACGAUGAUGAAGGAAAGAAGCUUCCAGAGAUACAAGUCGUGGACAGAAGCAAAAAGGAAGAGUCACCGCCCAAUCCUGAUGAAUCAACAACAGAGAGCAGGUCUGUGCGCAAGUCUGUGAGCACAACACAGCCAAAGGGGAUUCUAAAGAAGCCCAGCAUCGAGCGGUCGCCGAGUAGCCGAAAGGACGACUUUCAAGGGGCAACGCAAGAGACGCAAGCUCCACAGUCACGACUUCGUGUCUCUCCUAGCGGCAAUGUUUUUACCAGGACGCACUCCGAAGAACCCUCCGUUUACUUUGACGCUCCGGCUCCCCACGAAGAGCGACGUUCCAUGCCCGAAGGAAUCCUCUGGAGACAGUACCGAAGGUCCGGUACAGAUGCAGACGACGAAAACUCUAAGGAUGAAUACGAGACUCCUCCGCGGGACAGUGAGCUUCCGGAAGCCCUCCGACGACUUGGGCUGGAAUAUGAGAGUGCUACUCGCCAACCGGAUGAGGAAGACAAGACGUCGACACGGAGCUCGCAAGGUGAAGAGCCACCAUCGAGAAUUCCUGUUCCUCGACGCAGCAUCUUAGCACGACGGCGGCCCAAGUCUAUGGUGGAGCCAGGAACACCGGACUUCCGAAGGGAAGUCCAGCGGAGUAGUUCAGCAGGACUGGUAGUGAAUGGGGGAAGCCACGUUGGUGAGCGGUGGGGUGGAAUCUUACAGGUUCCAGUAGUUGUACAGCUACGACCCACCGUCGGACUUUUGGACAGUGAUGAGCAUGUGAGGAAGGAGUCGCGGAUACCGCGGCCCAGGGUCCGGCAGCGGACUCCCGAGCUGGGAGGAGGUAACGCGCCGCACUUGCGGCCGUCUAUGGCAGUUCUGCCCGUAGGUGUUCCGCAGCCGCCACCUGGGAACCCUCCUCCGAACCACUGCGUGCCCGCUAGCAGAAGACGCAGGUACAGGCCUCUGUCUCCCAGUGAUCUUCAGAUGACUGGCAGCGAAUCCUCCCGCGGAAAUUCCCCCGACUAAUGGCACCACCACCGGAGGGCUGGUCCAUCUACGUUGAACAUGUGUAUAUUUUUUUAGAACGUCAGGCUUUAUCUCCCCUACAUGGUGAUGUAAUACUUCCUCCCUCCCGACGGCUUCUUCUAGUCACGAGGUUUUAUGAAAGUUUUUGAGUUGCUUUAUUUAAUUUGCUUGCGGCGUUGUCUCUGCCUGGCGUGUUUUGUGCCAGCGGGCCGUUGACGUUAAUUGUGUAUUACUUUUGUGCAAAUUUUGUUCCCAAACUGAACUGCUCACAUUUGGCAGUGCCUUUCACCAAAAAAUGAGUGCCUGCAUAUCAUUAUUUCUUACCAACCUGUCUGGAGGUUUUACCCCCCAACUAAACUAUACGUUUAUACGGCGAGUACCUUAAGAAAAGAACACUGAGACCACUGGAGAGGUACACAUUGAUUCCAUAUUUUAUUUUACAUUCUGCUCUUCUAGUCAUGUGUAAACGCUAGAAACGUUGAUAAAACCAUGUCAGAAUGAAGGUUGAACUACAAACUUUGUAUUGUGCCAAGUUUUUGCGGCUAAAAGUUACUUCUUUUGCAUAGCACGACUCGAUACGUGUAGUACUUCGGACCGACGGUACUCUCAAAUAUCGUAACUGGCAACAUUCUGCAUAACACAACACGUUUAUAGUGUAAUGCAUACUUUGUGGGGGAUGUUGCGACGCCAGCGUUUUAUCCCGUCUAGUAUUGACCUUAAUCUCCUCUUUGAAAGCACUUACUAAAAUGAUGUCCUUCUGACGUAAGACACGCCGAGAGACAGCACGAGUUGAAAUACUCAAUCCAGCUGCACCGAAUUUUUGUAUCGUUUCUGUAUUCUUUUUGUUCAUUUUUUUUUACUCGCUUACUAAUUUAUUUAUGUAGGACUUAUAGCCUGCCAGGUUUGUAUUGACAUUUUGUCCUGUAUAUAUGUGUACAGAGAAAGAAUGUGUUAUAUAUAAAUAAUAUCAAAAUGAUGAUAGUACCAAAACUAUUACCACUUAACUAGACGACGUAGCUUCACCAACUGGAGCGAACAUCGCAUUUUCACCCUUCAACGUCGAAGCGUGCGUUGAACGGAGUCGACGAUGCAUUUUUGUACCUAAAAACUAUUUUAGGUGCGGCGUCAACUUAUGGCGAAUUCUGCUGGUCUUUGUAGUGCAGAAAAUCUUACACUGGUGGCUCGAGUGUGCAUGUUACACCAAGAGCAACGUGCGUCGCGUUUCAUUGGUCGUUCUUUGUUUGUUUGUACGCUCAACCUACGCCAGCACACUACGCUGCGCCGACAUACCAGCGGAAUUCGCCAUUAAUACUGAAAGUCUUUCUGCAGACAGGUCAUGCUGGUUUUUAGAUGCGUAGUAUGCAAAAAAUGCAACUUGAGAAGCACUAUGGGGAUCAAAUUGUAAAUGGUUGCACAUCCAGACUUCUCAGUCUGAAAAAUGCCAGAGUGGUUUAUUCACUAGGAGGAUCUCCAAACAAUCAUCCCCAAUCCUCAUCCAAUCAAUCAAUCGGACCGUCUUUUGAUGGAAUAUCACUUGGCUGCCACUCCUGCGUGCUUGUGCCGUGUGUGACGGUACUACAGCUUGCAUUGGCUAUUUCUUUCAUAAAUUUAAAGCGAGAUAAUUUUUGCCAUCAGUUCUCCCAUCAUCCGCGCAAGACUCAACGUUGCAACCAUGACCCAUCGUGCCUCUCAUUUGGGAAUGUUGCAUUUAUUACAUACAAUGCAUUUGAUCAGGAUUCACCAACCUGUCUCUUUUUUUUUUCUGCUUUAGAAGAAAAGCUGAAAGAUUAGUUCCCAAUGACUCGAAUUUUUGCCCCCUCCUUUAGCUACCACAUUUAGUACAAACGGUCCUAAUUUAAGACCAGUCUCUAAACAGUCUCCGAGCAAAUUUAUGGGGUCCUUCAACUAUCUGCAGGACCAAAGUUCUAGUCCCCAAUAUGAACGUUAUUUAAAUACCUGGUCCAAAUACUUUACGGGUGGAACCGGAAUAAAUAUAGUAUCGCUGGUUGCAUAGUGUGUUAAAAGUAUUUCAAAGUUAGUGUUUCUUUUGUCACGGACCAGGCAUGCUUGUAUCUCAUUAUGCUGUGAUAUGUUACUUUUGUUGAGCGAUCAAGAAAAUAAAUGGUAUGCCUGUGA